AUGCCUUUGCUCACUGGUUUGUUCGCGGUAGCAUUUGUCGUCAAUUUCAAGUCAGCCUCUAUUGCGCGCAACUCUCUGGCUGGACGAGCGGGAUGCACGUCGGUGCUGUGCGCCAGUCACGUGCGAGGAUGCCACCUGAAGCCGUGGCAGUACCGCCUUCGUGCGAGGAUCCGGCCGGUGCUGACCGAGACCGGUCCGCCACGACGCCGGCCAGCGGCGUACGGUCUGUACAGCGAGGAAGAGAUCGUUCAGAUUCACGAGAAGGCCGAUGCGAUCUUUGCUGUCCUCGACCGUAACGGUGACGGCGAGAUCUCCGAGGAGGAGCUGCGCUCGCACCUCCUCGCGGCUGGGUACUCAGAGGCAGCCGUGGCGGAGCUGUACCAGAUGCUGGAUGCCAACCCUCGCGACGGCGCUGUCUCGCGCGACGAGCUUCGGGAGAGCUUCGUGCGCUACCCGCCGCUGCUCAAGGCGCCAGGUCUGGGCGAGCUCGGAGAGAAGGAGAUGGCCGCGUUGUACGAAGAGGCCGACGCCGCCUUUGCGGCGCUCGAUCUCGACGGCAACGGCAGCCUGUCGGUAGCAGAGCUUCACGAGAAGCUUGGCGGCGUCGAGGGGCCGAGCUACUCUUCGGUGGCCGUCGAGCGCAUCUUUGACCAGCUGGAUGUGGAUGGCAACGGCGAAAUCUCACUCGCCGAGUUCCGCGGCGGCUAUGCUCGCUACCGCGCGAUGCGGCUCGCACUUGGCUCGGGAUUCGCCACCGGCGGCUUGCAGUUAUAG